AUGUGUCUCGGUUUCGGCAAAUUUUACGUUAAGCCUCAGCCACCACGCCGAGAGAAAUACAAAAACGAGGAGAAAUAUCGACGGGACUAUCAGCGAUACGAAGAGGAAUUAGAGGCUUGGAAUGACCCAGAAAAUAGGCGAAGGAUGCUAGCAAAUUCCCGCGCGGGCGGAACUGCUGGAUUAACCGCUGCGAUUUCUUGA